AUGAACAAGAAACUAGGCAUUCUAGCUAUUUCAUUCAAAAUCAUUGGAACAGUUUCAAUAGGUUAUGUUGCUGGAUCUUAUCUUUGCUUCUCUAAAUUCAUUCUUCCUGUUAUGAAGGAACAUUAUCCUUUGUCAUCUAUUCAACUAAUGCUAGAAGUCACAGCCAAACAUUGGAUUCGUUAUAUUCUUCCACUUGAAUCACUUGCAGCAACAUUAAUGCUAAGUUCAUAUAUCUUAUCCGAACCACAUGUUUCUCAUCCAUAUCUUCUUUAUAGUGGUUUUGGUGUUGCGUCUUUGAUUCCUAUUUCAUUUUUUUAUAUUCAACCAAAAAUUACUAAAAUCAUACAGGAUAUCAGAGCAAAAGAUACAUUAACCAUUCCCGAAAGAAAUCUAAAAUGUUGGCGUCGAUCUUAUCUUGCAAACACUGUAUUAUCAAGUAUCAUUUUUUUUAUGACAGUGAUUGGAAGUUAUGGAGAUACACUAUCUAUCUAACAAAACAAUAUUUACUUUUAUAAAUUUGGAAAAAAACG